CAGAAAAUACAGCAAAAUCAUCGCCGUCUGGUCCGGAGAGGUGCAUUUUUCUUGCUGGGAUCAGGCUCGGAGGAAAAGUUUCGUUACGUAACCGAGCAGGAAAAAAAAAAAAAUGGUCUUGAUCCGCACCAUCGCCUGCUCUCUGUUACUCGCACUAGCCUGGUCGCACUUCAGAAGAAGAAAAGGCAAGGCCACAGCGAGCGCAAGAAGUGAUCCCUCCAUCACAGACAGCGGUGAACCGGCAUCGUUGCCCGAGAGGGACUAUGAAGUGUUCCUGAGCUUCAGAGGGCCCGACACUGGCCUAACCAUCACCGAUUCUCUCCACGCGGCCAUGGUCCGUGCUGGCAUCCGCGUCUUCAAGAAAGACGAGGAGCUCCGCAUCGGCGAGGAGAUCGAUGGAGAGCUUCUGAGAGCGAUCACCAACUCCAAGAUUUACGUGCCCAUCUUCUCUAGAGGCUAUGCUUCGAGCGAACGGUGUCUCCGUGAACUCGCGUUCAUGAUGGAGUGUAGGAGGAAGAAGAGCGAGAAGGUGAUCUUGCCCAUCUUCUGUGAUGUGGAUGCGGGGGAUGUGAGGCUCAAGACGGGGACGUACCGUGACGCCCUGCGAAAGCACGAGAGAGAGUCGGGUAAGGACGUGGUGAAGCAGUGGGAGGAAGCUCUAAGAAAGGUCGCCAGAAUCAAGGGUUGGAACUUGAGCGAUCAUGGAUUAGAUAAACUUGUAGGACUUAUUCUGGAAGAGGUUUUCAGUAAGUUAAGGACAAGACAACUAAACGUGCGCAAUGACUUGGUGGGGAUUCAUGAUCCAAUGGAAGCCAUCAAGGAGUUGUUUGGCCAAGCUGCUUCUGGUGUACGAUUUGUUGUAAUUUACGGCAUGGGUGGUGUUGGAAAGACAACUCUUGCCAAGGCUAUCUUUGAACAAAUGUCUCCUCAGUUUCAAGAACGCUGCAGCUUUCUUUCAGACAUUCGGCAGUCAUCCCGUGACGAUGGCAUUCUCAACUUGCAAAAGAAAUUAUUAUGUGACAUUCUUGGCCUUAGAUCCAUAACGCUGUUCGACGCCUAUGACGGGAUCAACCAUAUCAAACAAAGAUUAUGUGAGAAGAAAGUCCUCAUUGUUCUGGAUGACAUGGAUGACAGGGAACAGCUCAAGAAACUAGCUGGCGAGUCCAGUUGGUUUGGUCCAGGAAGCAGAAUUAUUAUCACAACCAGGACCAUCCCUUUCUUGGCAUCUGAUGAUGAAAGCCCAGAUGAAAUGAUCCCAGCGCAUCCUAGAGAUUUCUAUUUUUAUGAAAUGAAGGAAAUGCAGCGAAACCAUGCUCUUCAACUUUUUAGUAAGCACGCAUUUGAAAGCAACUCACCUCCAUCUGAUUAUAGGGUCAUUUCGAGUGAAGUAGUGGAAGUCACUGGAAAUCUUCCGUUGACUCUCGAGGUUGUAGGUUCAUAUCUUUAUGGCAAAAACAUGGUAAUAUGGAAAGACACGUUGAAGAAGUUAAAGAAGGUGCCCCACAAUGAUGUCCUGAAAAAGCUGAUGGUAAGUUAUGAAGAAUUAGAAGAUGAUCAACAACAAAUUUUUCUCGAUAUUGCAUGUUACUUCGUUGGUGAAGAAAAAGUUCAUGCAACUUACAUGUGGAAGGCCUGUGAUUUUUACCCAAAAAGUGGAGUACUUGUGCUUAUUCAGUUGUCUUUGAUAAAAAUUGUUGACGGUGAUAAACUAUGGAUGCAUGACCAACUCAGAGAUCUCGGAAGGGAGAUAGUUCGGCGGGAGUGCCUCCAAGAUCCGGGAAAACGUAGCAGAUUGUGGUGUCCAACAACUGCCUUUGAUGUAGUCAGAAGUAAAGGGGGAAUGGAGAAUGUUGUAGCUCUCAAACUUCCAGGACUUCGUGUAGUGCAUUACUUUCCAGAGCAUCAUUUUACAAGUGAAGAAUUUUCAAGGCUGCCUAAUUUGAGGUUCCUUGAAUUAGACGGUGGAAACUUAGUUGGAGACUUUACGAGUCUUCUCUCAAAGUUGACUUGGCUGUGUUGGCAUCGUUGCCCUCCAUAUUUAUAUGCGACCAAUUUAUGUUUAAGAAGCUUAGUCGUGCUCAAGCUGUCAAAGAGUGACGUUACGGAAGACUGGCUUGGAUGGGGGCCAUGCAUGGGCAUUGGUAAGUUGAAAGUAGUACAUCUCUCGAGCUGCAACCGCAUUACCAAGACACCCGACUUCUCUUCAUGCUUAAAUCUGAAAAGACUGAUAUUUGAGAAGUGUGAACACUUGGCACAUGUUGAUGGUUCUAUCAAUAAGCUAGAGCACCUGAAGCACUUAGAAAUCACUGCAACUUUGAUAUUGGGUCCGUGGGCCAGAGUACAUGAUUUCAAGCCUAUUCUUCCUCUUAGUUUACCUGAGUCAAUCGGUGGUCUGAAGUCCCUUUCGAUGCUGAAGAUCGAAAACAAGCAAUUAAAAGAACUUCCACCCUCAAUUGGAGAUCUGGUGGGUUUGAAGUACUUGUCUUUGAGUGGAUGUAGGGAGGUCACAAAACUUCCAGAUUCCAUUGGGGGACUAAAAUCACUACUUGAGAUGGAUUUAUCAAGUACAGGGAUCCCAAAUAUACCUGAUUCUGCAGGAAAUCUCAAGACAUUGAAGGUAAUGAAGCUGAAUGGUUGUUGGAAGCUGAGAGAGCUGCCGGACUCAAUUGGCGGACUAGAAUCACUGAGCAAGUUGGAGUUGUCUAAUACAAACAUCACAGGAUUACCUGACUCCAUCGGAAACCUUAAGCGGUUGGAGGUGAUAGAUUCCUUUUUUUGCAGGAUUAGAAGGCUACCAGACUCGAUUGGAGGACUGGAAUCACUGCUUAAGUUGAUAAUGGAUGAGGGUUCAAUUACAGAGUUACCGGAUUCCAUUAAAAAUCUUAAAAAGUUGAAGUGCUUAACGCUUGGGAAAAAUGUUAGAGGAAUAACAAAGGCCAUAAGAAUGCUGAAGAGUCUUGAAGAGUUACGUGUUGGUUGUACGAUGGAGGAAAUUCCAAGUGAAAUUGGGCAACUAUUCUCUUUGAGAAUCCUAGACUUAUCAGGUAGCAAGGUUAGGAGAUUGCCGACAACCAUUGGCCAACUUUCUCAUCUGAAAGAACUUAUUUUAUGCGACUGCAAUGGCCUUCAACAGUUGCCAGGGCUUCCUAAGAGUUUGACAAAGUUAGAGGUGUCAUCUUUGUCGUUGGAGAUAGUCCCUGACCUUUCAACCAUGACUAAUCUAGUUCAUCUGAAGAUAAUUUGUGGCAUUUACGAGCUAGUGAUCGCACAAGGACAAGCUCAAACUCCUAAAGAUUGCCUUGAGAGGUUCACUUUGCCUCCAACUAACCUGAGUUCCCUUUCUCGGUUCCGGCAACUCAUCAUAACUUGUCUCGACACACGAUCUUUGACACAGCUUCCAUCCAGUCUUGAAGAAUUGAGUUUAGUUGAUGUCAGGUCCCCGAUAGAGUGGUCACUCUUUUCCAACUUGACAAAGUUGUCCUUGUUAACAAUACGUGGGUGUCAGCUAAGAGAGAUUCAGUUCGAUGUCACCGGACAGCUAGAGAACCUCCAUCAUCUGCAAGUGGAGGAUUGUGGAUUUCUCAUGAGGUUAGCGAGCCUAUCAAGCUUAAAGGAGCUCCGAGAGUUGUCCUUGAACUUUUGCCCACAGCUAGCUGAGAUUCAGAGUUUGGGGGAACUGGAAGUCUUGCAAACAUUAUCAAUUGGAAACUGCGGCUCCAUGCAAAGGUUACCUGAUGCGUCAAAAUUACAGAAGCUGGAACAACUGAGAAUCAUUCAUUGCGAAUCGCUGCAAGAUUUGUCCGAUCUACCAAAGACGUGUAGUCUCUGGAUUUCAGAAUGCCCGGAGUUAUAUGAUGGUCACUUCAGAGGCCUCUACGAGCUUUACCAGGAAAGGAGGAAGAACUAGCCAUCUUAAGGUAGAUAUACACAGGGAGACUCUAGAUUGAAUCUAGGUAGGGUUGUAUUGAGAGCGUGCAAGUUCUGUCAAUGUAGGUAGCUAUAGAACAGUAUUGGUUUCCACUAGGAAAAAAUGCUAAAUUUUCUGUUGACACAUACUGAACCCAAAAGAAAAGAAAAUUUCUAUCAA